AUGAGUACUUCAGCUAACACUUCAGAGGAAACUCAAGAAAUCGAAAAAGGAAUUUACCUUCAUAUCAAAGUCAUGAACUAAUAAACCCCUGAAGGUGACCCAGUUGAGACUAAGAUUCUCGUUGAACUAGUUUUCACUAUUGACUUUACUGGCUCAGAGGACAUAAUGAUUGAGAAUACUGAGGAGACUUAGGUAAUAUCAAGUUUAGUUAAGGCUGAGUGUGCUGAGACUAUUGCAGUCGUAAAAGAGUUCCCACAUUCUAGAUUGCUUUGGCAAAUUUACUGGGUUAAAUAAGAACCACCAAAAGAGAGACUAGUGCUUUACAAGAAGAAAGCCCAUGCCAAUCUAAAUUCAUUGAUUGAGAGAUCGAAGAAAAUAUUCAGAUUAUAUCCAUUAGCAGAAAGUCCAUUUGAGGAGAUUGAAUAGUUAAUGUUCGAAAACACCAUGAAGAACUUCCUAGACCCUGAAUUCCCACCAUGUGAUGAUAGCAUUUUUAAUGGAUAACAGAGUGAUCUAGUUGUGCACUGGAGAAGACCAGUUGAUUUUAUGCACAUUGAUAAGAAUUAGGCCGAACACUAGUCCAUCAAAGUGUUCCACAAAGAGGUUGAGCCAUCUGAUAUCAAGGCAGGUCCCCAUUCUUAUAGAUGGAUUUUGUGCGCCCUUGCUACACUUGCUGAGAGAUCACACUUAGUUGAGAGAUUAUUUGUGACAAAGGAGUACAAGUUGAAUGGAGCAUAUAGAAUGAAGAUAAACAAGAGCGGUGUCUGGCAUGAACUCACUAUUGAUGAUUAUAUGCCCUGUGCUCUCGAAGGUCAGCCUUUAUUCACUAGAACUCAUGGAAAUGAAUUGUGGGUUCAACUUCUUGAAAAAGCAUAUGCCAAGGUACAUGGAAGUUAUGAAAGCCUUAAAGUUGGCCAUCCAAAUGAGGCACUUCAAGAUUUUACUGGAUUCCCAAAUGUAGUCUAUGAUUUCCAAGACUAAGAGACUGAAGCCUUCGUUAAGAGUGGAGAUUUAUUCAAGAUGAUGAUUCACUUCUAGCAAGAGGGUUAUCUCCUGUCUACAACAGCUCCUGGCAAAAUUGACACUGCUACCAAUUAAAGACCAAGAGACAAAGAAAAUGCUUUAUAAUCUGGACAUACAUACUCGAUUGUGGAAGUGAGAGAGGUCUAUUCACAUAAACUGAUAAAUAUUCGUAAUCUAUGGGGUUACUUCGAAUGGGAUGGUGCCUGGUCAAGAAAGAGUGCAUUCUGGACCCCAGAUAUCAAGGAAAUAUUACAACCAAAACUAGAGCAAGAUGAUGGCACUUUCUGGAUGUGCUACGAUGACUUCAUUAAAAAUUUCUCAGCUUUGAACGUAUGCAAGGUCAAACAACAAAAUGAGAUCAGACUAAAGGGUAAAUUUGUUAGAGUUGAGGACCAAGAAUCUCUUUCAUCCUAAGUUGUAUCAAAAUGGUUCUAUUACUUAGAGAUAGAGAAAAAGACACAUUUGCUCUUAGGAUUACAUUAGAUUGAUGAAAGAAUCAAGAGAGUACUACCUAGACGCUAGUAUCUAGAUACUGCUUUCCUGAUCCUGAAGAGAUCUGCUGAAGGUACCACACUUCACGAGGUUCAGGACUUCUUGAAUAACAGAGAUACAGAAUUUGAGACUAUCCUUGAGCCAGGACAAUAUGUGAUUCUCCCUAGAACUAAUGGAAUCGCUUUACAAAGACCAGCCAAUUCAAAUGUGCAAGUGGUGCCACUCAUUCAAGGCAACCAAGAUCAGUUGAGUGAAUUAUUUGAAGGAGCCAUUGAAGACAUAUACUAUAGAUACGAUACCCUGAUUACUAAUUCGAUUGAUUUCAAUGAGUUCAAGGACUUCUUUGAAACUGUUGGAGAGACCAUCACUGAAGUUGAAUUCUAAAACAAAAUACUGAGUAAUUAUUGCAGCAAAGGUAAAGGAUUAACACUCAAAGGCUUCAAGGAGUUUAUGAGAGAAGCAGUUACCCAUAGUCCAGGAGAAGAAAAAGUUAGAGAUUGGUUAUCUAAAUUAGGCUAUGACAAGGAACUAUACAGCAGUUUUUCAAGGAGCUUUAUUUUGACAAUGCACUCAGAACAAGUCUUGAGUGUUUAAGUAGGCGAUACAGUUUCAACAAACCUAGAAGAAGCAGCUCAGUCUAUGAUUCUCAGAGAAAGAGCAAGCAUCUUAGAUAAUAAAGCUGACUGCUGUUUACUUUACUAUCCCAAGAGGUAAGUCUAUCUAAAUUAUAAUCAUUUUCUUAGUUCCCCCAUUGACGCUUAUAUGUUUGGAUGUGAAAAUAGAACAACAGUGCCGAUUGAAGUUACAUUCAAUGUUGGUAGAAUAGGCAACUGCGCUAGAAGUACCACAAACAAUCUAAUAAAGAAAGUGAUCCAGCCCAAUAGAGUCGAAUUCAUCAUGAAUAUCAGAAGAGAUAACAUCCAAGCUGCUCAGAAUCUCAGACUAGAUGUCGACUUCAGACACAGACUUCUUGAAUGA